AUGGGCUCCUUCUCCUCUGCGCUGGCUCGGUCCCGCAGCUCUGUGGUGCACUUGGGCUCGUCGCCACCGCAGCGCGAGGAGCCAGCCGCUACUCCUGCUGCUCGAAAAGACACAUUCGCCUUUCCCAAGACCCGGAGGCUAGGACCCGGGCGGGUAGCGACGGCCUAUCCGCCGGCAGCCUGGGAGGCUCAGGCCGCAGCGCCCAGCCAGGACGAGUGCGCGAAGUUAGCGAGUCCGGAGCUGUCCCCGGUGCUGAAGCGUGCAGAGAGCAUGUCCCAGCCGGGCUCGCCCCGAAGCGGUAGCGCCACGGUUGCAAAUGAAGCUGGAGACAAGACCGCCAGACCCCUCGCUCGCUUCUCCCGGUCUAAGUCGCAGAACUGUUUGUGGAACUCCCUCAUCGACGGGCUCACAGGGAAUACCAAGGAAAAACCACGGCCGAUGAUUGUCCAUGACACCCGACCACCAGAAGAGAUCCUAGCUGAUGAAUUGCCUCAGCUCGAUAGCCCAGAAGCCUUGGUGAAGACAUCCUUCAGGUUACGGUCUUUAGUCAAACAAUUAGAGAGAGGCGAGGCUUCAGUGGUAGAUCUUAAGAAGAAUUUGGAAUAUGCAGCCACGGUACUUGAAUCUGUGUACGUUGAUGAAACCAGGAGACUUCUGGAUACGGAGGAUGAGCUCAGUGACAUUCAGUCGGAUGCAGUGCCUUCUGAGGUCCGAGACUGGCUGGCCUCCACCUUCACCAGGCAGAUGGGGAUGAUGCUCAGAAGGAGUGAGGAGAAGCCACGGUUUAAGAGCAUUGUCCAUGCAGUGCAGGCUGGGAUAUUUGUGGAAAGAAUGUAUAGAAGAACAUCAAACAUGGUUGGACUAAGCUACCCACCAGCUGUUAUUGAAGCAUUAAAGGAUGUGGACAAGUGGUCCUUUGAUGUCUUUUCCCUCAAUGAGGCCAGCGGGGAUCAUGCACUGAAAUUCAUUUUUUAUGAAUUACUCACCCGUUAUGAUCUGAUCAGCCGUUUCAAGAUCCCCAUUUCUGCCCUUGUCUCAUUUGUGGAGGCUCUGGAAGUAGGAUACACUAAGCAUAAAAAUCCAUACCAUAAUUUAAUGCACGCCGCCGAUGUUACACAGACUGUGCAUUACCUCCUUUAUAAGACAGGAGUGGCGAACUGGCUGACAGAGCUGGAGAUCUUUGCUAUCAUCUUCUCAGCUGCCAUUCACGACUAUGAGCACACCGGAACCACCAACAAUUUCCACAUUCAGACACGGUCUGACCCUGCUAUUCUGUACAACGAUAGGUCUGUAUUAGAAAAUCACCAUUUAAGUGCGGCUUACCGCCUUCUGCAAGAAGAUGAGGAAAUGAAUAUUUUGAUCAACCUCUCAAAGGAUGACUGGAGGGAGUUUCGGACCUUGGUAAUUGAGAUGGUGAUGGCCACGGACAUGUCCUGUCAUUUCCAACAGAUCAAAGCAAUGAAGACUGCUUUGCAACAGCCAGAAGCAAUUGAAAAGCCGAAAGCAUUAUCUCUGAUGUUGCACACGGCAGACAUUAGCCAUCCCGCAAAAGCAUGGGAGCUCCAUCAUCGCUGGACAAUGUCACUCCUGGAGGAAUUCUUCAGACAGGGUGACAGAGAAGCAGAGCUGGGGCUGCCUUUUUCUCCUCUGUGUGAUCGAAAAUCAACGAUGGUUGCUCAGUCGCAAGUGGGUUUUAUUGAUUUCAUUGUGGAGCCCACCUUCACUGUGCUCACGGACAUGACUGAGAAGAUUGUGAGCCCUUUAAUUGAUGAAACCUCCCAAACUGGUGGGACAGGACAAAGGCGUUCAAGUUUGAACAGCAUCAGUUCAGCGGAUGCAAAGCGGUCGGGUGUGAAGAGCACUGGCUCGGAAGGAAGCGCCCCCAUCAACAGUUCUGUCAUCCCCGUUGACUAUAAGAGUUUUAAGACGACUUGGACUGAGGUGGUGCACAUCAACCGAGAGAGAUGGAGGGCCAAGGUGCCCAAAGAGGAGAAGGCCAAGAAGGAAGCAGAGGAAAAAGCUCGCCUGGCUGCAGAGGAGAAGCAAAAGGAAAUGGAAGCCAAAAGUCAGGCUGAAGAAGGCUCAGCUGGCAAAGCCGAGAAAAAGACAUCUGGGGAAGCUAAGAAUCAAGUCAAUGGAACGCGCACGAACAAAAGCGACAACCCUCGUGGGAAAAAUUCCAAAGCUGAGAAGUCCUCAGGAGAAAAACAACAGAAUGGUGACGUGAAAGAUGGUAAAAAUAAGACAGACAGGAAGGAUCAAUCCAAUGUUGGAAGUGAUUCAAAGAAAACAGAUGAUUCAGAAGAGUAAAACACACCUCACAUACCAUAAAAGAGGCUGCCAGUGUCUUGCAUCAUUUUAGCUAAGCUUCUUCAUUCUCCUUCUCCUCCUUCCACAGAGACCCCUAUCUGGGGAAGGUGUCCAACUUUCAGAAACCAGCCCCCCACACACACACACUUGGCCUUCCCUCAUGCCACCUCCUUCCAAGAGAUGGCUCUCUGGGAGCUGGUUUGAGGUCUAAGAACUCUGGGGAAAUCCUCCCCCAAGCAAACCAAACAACUUGAGCUUUUUGCACAAACAGAAACAAAACGUGAAGGGACUUCCUCAGAAUUCUUUGCUAAUAAUGCCCUGGCUUUCAAGGCGCCUGUCUGGCCUGAUGAGGAUGGACAUCCUGGAUAUGCUGAGGGAGGCCUGAAAAAGCCACAUGCACAGUAAUUGCCAUCUUACUACUGUCGAUGCUGUUCCUUUAAAUUGUUAUUUUUUUAACUGGCUACUGAUGGUGGAUACAGCCGUGCUGCACUUCAUCACAGCUAAGAUGAUGACUCCAGUCUCUGGUUGUUUCUUUCCUGAGUCUGGAACAUUCUUUUUCUCCAGUUUUCUUUCAGACUUAAAAAUUGUUCUUAUGCUUGUCUUUCCAUUUAUAUAGGACAUUCUUUUUUUUUUUUUUUUAAAGAGAUUAUCCUAUAGGACUCUAUUUGUAAAUGCUUAAUUUAUCUGUGCUUUCAUUAAUAGAAACCUGAA